AUGGCUCCCAAGGAGCCGUUCAAAGUGCACUCUUUGAGCAAGCACAUUGAAGACACGAAGAAGGGUCUCAGUGCAGAGGCGCAGUACAACAGGCGGCCCAUGGGUAAACCGGCCAUCUCAAUCAAGAGAGAAGCCGGCGCCAUAGCCAAGAGCAUUUUCGGUAACAACAGCGACGACGAAGAUAGCGAAAGCAGCAGCGGAAGUAGUGACGAGGACGGCUCCGACUUUUUGCGCAAACUUGCUCCUCAAAAUGCAAAGGCAACAGCAACUGCCGCGCAAAAGAAACCAACCAAGCAGGACGAGAUAGCGGACAGCGACGAAGAGCGCCGAUCAGCCGCCAAAAAUGGCGCGUCCUCCAAACAGAAGGGGUCUAUUAAAACUCGAGAGUCUUCACCUGAUGACUCCAGCAGCGAGUCUGAGUCCGAUUCGGACGUGGAGACCGGGUCAGCCAAAGGUGAACAAGAAGUGAAAACAAACGGGGUGCCCCGGAAAGCUGUCACAGCUUCAUCGAGUUCAGCCUCCAGCUCUGGCUCUGAGUCGGAAGAGAAUGAAAAUGACGACAGCAGCAGCGAUGACAGCGAUAAUGAAGGUCCCACAAAGGCAAAAAUAACAAAAACCAAUCCAUCAAGCUCUUCGGGGGAAUCGAGCGAUAACGACAGCGACUCUGAAAGCGAAGACGAAGGCGAACCAGAGGUUGUAACGAAGCCUAAAUCGGCGAUAAAGCCUACCAAUGGCACUUCCACAACCGCGACUUCUGAAACUAGCUCCAGCGGCGAGGAUAGUGACAGCGAUGAGGCGGCCGAUGUCGAACCAAAUGCUAUCGUAAAGAGCAAGAAGAGUGCCCCUAGUGAAUCAUCGGAUGAGUCUUCUGAGGAGUCUUCUGGGGACGAAGAAGAUGCGGAUGCGUCAAUGCAUAUUGUCGAUCGCCAACAAGGUCGCCAGUCUGCAGUCCCAGACUUCAUUGCCCCAGAUUUCGUGCUUCGCAAGGGUAAUGAAGGAUCUAAUGGCCAGGAUGUUGCCAGUAUUUGCAGCCAGGCCAAUUUGCAAGGGAAACAAGUCUGGUACUUCACCGUGCCAGCUAACGUCCCGAUCUCUGUUAUCCAGAAUAUGGAGAUUCCCAUGAACCAGUCUCAGCGGGGCGAUGGUAUUUUUUCCCAUGAUGGAGAAGAUUACGGAAUAUCUAUGGAUAGCAUGACACCCAAGAGCUCGAUACAGAUCCUAAUCCCCUCUCCGGACGGAGCUCGAUAUCAUUCAGCCUCUCGAUCCAUCAACCAAGUAAUGCAGGUCAAAAAGAUUACCCAGCUUGGCGAAUCGUCACCCAAUACUUCUUCAGCCGGCCCUGCUCCUAAGCGAGCACCUAAACCACAACCCGAGGGGCUCAAAGCAAGGUAUCAGCCAUUCGGUAUAAGCAGCCCCAUGGGCCAAAUAGGCGUAGACCUCUCGUUCCAGGUUGAAAACGACACUGAGAUGGCUGAUGCCGCCACACUUGCUACCCCAUCUAGCAGCGCUCAAGGGAAGGUUGAGAAGAAGGACAAGAAGAAAAAGCAGAAAGACGGUGAAGGAAAGGAGACCGAGACUCCUCGUAAGGGCAAGAGAAAGCAUGCCUCCUCUGAAGAUGAUGCUGCCGCUGCUGCAGAGCAACUUAAGGAGGAGAAUCUGUCAGCGGAGACCAAAUCCAAGAAGCAAAAGACUCACCGCGAGGCAAGCCCUGAUCUCGGAUCCGACGCCCAAUCCUCAACUGCUGCCUCCAAGAAACGAGCAACACUUGUCGUUCCCACUAUACCUUCAUCAACGCCUUCUUCCAAAUCCAAAUCCAGCAAAGCCAAGACUGAAACUCCAGUAUCAAAGCCUCGCGAAACAACAGUGCCUCUGCCUAACGUCCCUGGAUCAUCUCAGCCCAAGGUCUCUCCUGUCCCUGUCCCUCAGCCAGGUGUUCAAUCGACACCUCUUUCGGGCAAGGGCGAGAAGAAAUCCAAGAAGAAGAAGGCUAAGGCUAACGAAGCUACGGUUGAUACGCAGCAGAGCCCUCCUCCAAGCGCACAACCCUCGGGCAGGACGAACAAGACCAAGGUUACUCCUGUGCCUAUGCCCAAGCUGAACACGUCAGGCUAG